AUGAGCGAGUUUCGAGCAGUUCUGGGUUUACCGGAGGAAGGUCCGGAGCGCUCUUCGUCGCGCAAGGAGGAGGAAAACCAACUGAAGGCGAGAUUUCUGGAAGCCCUCAAAUGCAACAAUGCAGCCGAGGUGGCGAAAAUCCUCCGCACGACCAGCAUUGACAUAGACACCGUGUUAGACGUGGAGGACCGCAACAUGACCCUUGCCUCGUAUAAGCAAGGUUACUGGCUACCCAGUUAUAAGUUGGAGUGUUCCUGGGCAAUGGGUCUUCACGUAUGUAUGAUGUACAAUUCAUUAGAGAGUGCCAUGGUCCUCCUGCAGAAUGGGGCGGCUGUCAAUAAGAAACCUAAUGGAAAGACCCCUCUGCAUGUGGCCUGUACAGUGUCUAAUCCUGACUCUGCGGGACUUCUGCUGGAAUGGGGGGCAAGAAUCAACAGUAUGUCCCUGAGUGGACAUGCCCCUUUACACUACUGCGUUACGCAAGAGUCUUUGGACUGUGCCAAACUGCUUAUUCUCAAAGGAGCAAACAUCAACAUGCCCAGCGAUGAGAACCAGGACACUCCUCUGCACACAGCGGCCCGCUUCGGUGUACCUGAGCUGGUGGCUUUCUACACUGUCCACGGAGCUGAUGUCAAUGCAGUCAACACCCACAUGGAGACACCUCUGAUCACCGCUGCAUUCUGGGCCAUGGACAUGCGUGAGCAUGUCUACAGUUCGGACCACCAUCUCGUUUGCAGGAUCCUGCUGGACCAUAACGCUAACCUGCACUUAUAUGAAGAAGACAAGAAAACCGCACUGCACAAAGCUUGCUGGAACUGUGAUCACGUGCUUAUACAGAUGUUGCUAGAGGCUGGUGCCAAACCUCAAACUAUGGAUAUCAAUGGAUGUGCGGCUAUUCAGUAUCUUCUGAAGGUAACGCAGAAUCGGCAGUGGGCCAUUCCUGAACGCUGCUUUCAGCUGCUUCUCAACUACGGAGCACCCAGAGUGUAUCCGCCCCAGUUUCAUAAGGUGUUGCAGGCAUGCCAUGACUACCCCAGAGCCGUGGAGGUGAUGGUGAAUUCUUAUGAACAUCGGCACAUGGAUUUCUACGACUCCUUGUUUGCCGUAUGUACCAACAAUCCACGCACUCUACAACAUCUGGCCAGAUGUGCGAUACGUUCUGCAAUGUCCAGUCGCUGCCAACAGGGUGUCCAGCAACUCAUUCUUCCUCCAUCAGUGAAAAAAUACCUGCUUCUGGAGCCUGUAGGAAUCAUAUACUGA